AUGUCGAGCUUCUUUGAUCUCAAGGCCCGCAAGGCUGCCGCAGCAGCGAACGGAUCAACAGCACCCAAAACAGAAGAAUCAAAGCACCGACCGAAGACCCUCAGCGAUGUCACAGCCCAAGAUCAUACCAUCAAUGUCCUACAACGGACUUUACAAGCCUCCAACCUUCCUCACAUGCUCUUCUACGGGCCCCCCGGAACGGGCAAGACCUCGACGAUCCUCGCGCUGGCGAAAGAGCUGUACGGGCCCGAGAUGUUCAGGUCGCGGGUGCUGGAGCUCAACGCGUCGGACGAGCGCGGCAUAUCCAUCGUGCGGGAGAAGGUCAAAGACUUCGCGCGCAUGCAGCUGACCAACCCGCCGCCGGGCUACAAGUCGCGCUACCCGUGCCCGCCCUUCAAGAUCAUCAUCCUCGACGAGGCCGACAGCAUGACGCAGGACGCCCAGAGCGCCCUGCGCCGCACCAUGGAGACGUACAGCAAGAUCACGCGCUUCUGCCUGGUGUGCAACUACGUCACGCGCAUCAUCGACCCCCUCGCCUCGCGCUGCAGCAAGUUCCGCUUCAAGAGCCUGGACCAGGGCAACGCACGCCGGCGCCUCGAGGACAUUGCGCGCUUCGAGGGCGUCGGGCUCGAGGACGGCGCUGUGGAGGCGCUGAUUAAGAGCAGCGAGGGCGAUCUGAGAAAGGCGAUUACGUUCCUGCAAAGUGCUGCGAGGCUCGUCGGCGCGAUCGAGAAGGACGUCGACGAUGGUGCGGAUAAGAUGGAUGUGGAUGGUGCUGCUGCGACUACGGCGGUGUCGGUCAAGAUCGUCGAGGAGAUUGCGGGCGUCAUACCCGAGUCGACGAUCGAGAGGCUGCAGAAGGCUAUGCAGCCCAAGUCGGCGGGCGCUACGUACCAGGCCAUCGCCAAGGUGGUCGAGGACAUGGUGGCGGAUGGGUGGAGUGCCGGGCAGGUCGUCACACAGCUUUACCAAGCCGUCAUAUUCGACGAGAUGAUCCCUGAUUUGGCGAAGAACAAGAUCACGCUGAUCUUCUCCGAGGUGGACAAGCGGCUGGUGGAUGGUGCUGAUGAGCACCUCUCGAUCCUGGAUUUGGCGCUGAGAAUAUCGAAUAUCCUGGCUGGUAAAGGUUAA